AUCUACUGAUGUCCGCUUAAGGCACUGGAUUAUUUAGUUAAUAUCUGGUGGACUGUUGUUCUUGAUGUUGGCGUCAUGAGGGAUAAAACAACGCUGUCAGCAGCAGCGGCGCUGCAGUACUGCAACAUCGUUGCAGAUGCAUGCAAUAAUGGCCAGCCAUGAGCAACUGUAGUGGUGGACAGAAGGAUGACCGAGAGAGGAAAUGAUGGAGAAAUACUUUCCCAAAUACGUCCCUUUCUUCAGUCUGCUGGCGCUGUCAGGACUGCUGUAUCUGCUGUGGAGCAUCACCUCGCUGGAGAGCUGGAACUGUCAGACAGUAUCAACCUUCUAUCAGCUUCAAAACAGCAUCCAGUCAGUCUUGAAAACCUCUGAGCUUCUUCUGCCCACGGAGUUCAACUACUCGUUCUGUGCCCACCUUGGCCAGGAGCCCACUUUAGAGGAGGCCAGAGAGGAGAGUUACCUUCUCAAAUCCAUUGCCUGGCCAGAGCCGUCAACUCUGGGACUGCCUCUGCGUCAAAGUAGCGACCCAGCACAAAGCUAUUACACCAUCCAAGACACUGGAGACCUGCGGGUCGGAGGGCAGCUGGCGGUCAAAGUGCAGAUUCACAACUUUUUGGGCCAACCCAAAAAACACGGAGGAGACUUUCUAGUAGCACGACUUCACACACCAGAGUUGGUGGCAGGAGUCGCGGGGCAGGUCCGUGACCACAACAAUGGAAACUACACAAUAUUUUUCCCGCUGCUUUGGGCAGGUGUUGCCCAGGUGGAGCUGACAAUGAUUCACUCCAGCGAAGCCGUGAUGGUCCUUAAGCGACUGAGAGAGGAGCAGUCGGACAGAGUGUUUUUCAAGAGCCUCUUCCGCUCGGGUUACAUCUCUGAAUCCACUCUGUGUAAUCUGUGUUUGCCGCUCAAACCGCAGCCGCUUUGCAACUACACAGACCCCCAGACUGGAGAACCCUGGUACUGUUAUAAGCCUAAGAUGUUGGACUGUGAUACACGGAUAAACCACUCCAAAGGGGGGUAUAAGAAAAACCUUCUCACUGUUUAUGAGUCACAGUUCUUCCAAAGUGGAGUAAAUAUCAAAGUUCCAAUACAUUCUGCAGGGGUGGACAAUGUGACUGUUCUGCCUGCUUCUAAAGUACGAACCAAAAAGAUGCGUCUUGAAUUCACUCCGUCCGGUUACUACUACCAGGGAUCAUGGAGGCCGUUGAGUGGUGUGGUCCCGCGUCAGUUCAAUACCUCUUCACUCAUAAACCAGUGUCUUAGAGGCAAAAUGCUCUACAUGUAUGGAGACUCCACUGUGAGGCAAUGGUACGAGUAUCUUAUCACAAACGUCCCAGAGUUCAAAGAAUUCAACUUUCACAGCGCAAAGAAUGUGGGGCCUUACAUGGGAGUGAACAUGAACUACAACGCACUGUUGAAGUACCGCUGCCACGGACCGCCUAUCCGCUUCACCUCAGUCUCCUCAGCUGAGAUGCGCUACAUCUCAAACGAGCUGGACGGCUUGAGCGGGGGUUCAGACACAGUGGUUGUGAUUAGCAUCUGGUCACAUUUCAGCACUUACCCAGUGGCCGUGUACAUACGACGCUUGCGCCACAUCCGCAAGGCCGUAAUCCGACUGCUAAACCGAGAACCCACCACUCUCGUGUUCAUACGCACCGGCAACCUCCAGAAGUUGGACGCAGAGUCUAGCUUGUUCAACAGCGACUGGUUUUCCCAACAGCUUGACACAGUGCUGAGAGCCAUGUUUAAAGGUCUAAACGUUCAGCUGGUGGACGCCUGGGAGAUGACGCUCGCCCACCACCACCCGCAUCAACUGCACCCUCAACUCGACAUUGUAUCCAACAUGGUAAACUUCAUCCUUUCCCACAUCUGCCCAGUGAGAAAAAAGAAAAAACGCGGUUAGCUUAUGCAUGCGCUGUUUGUGGGCAUUCUUGAGGAACUAGUGAGUUUGCUCUUACCUCUGGCUUUGGGAUCAGCUCUUUCGCUAUGUAUUCAGCCAUUGUUUGCUUUGUGUUUAAACUUACAAAUGACCGUGAUGAUUUUGCUUGCAAUAUUAAAAUGCAAAAGCAUCAGAAGUUAAUGUAGCCUUUGGCAAUUUGCACCGAUACCGAUAUCGUUAUUGGGCUCGAUGCUGAGCUCACGUACUCCGAUACCAAAGACAGAUACCUACUUUUGAUUGUUACACAACAUUGAACGUUGUUAUAUAGUGGUAUGCUACAAUGUUUGUUUGGGGGAAUAAGAUUUGGAGCUUUUUGACAACUUUGUGACCGGUCGAUGAGGAUUUUUAUUGAAUUUUAUUAUGUCCUUGGUUUGCUAAAUGUUUGUGAAAUGUUUUGUGCCACUUUGUGACAAACAGAAAAAGCAGUUUGAGUUAUUGUUGUUUAAAAUUACAGAGAAGCUGUGCUAAAGUUAA